CUCGCUUGUUUUCUGUUUGUUUUGUUGAUACAUUGUGUUUUGGUACAUUAAUCUCAAAUCAUAUUUUUGUUGUGUUCGCUUACCUUUACAUUCGUACAAGUGAAUUAUGGUGUAUCACAGAUGCUUAAUUAUAAAUGAAUUCUGUUACAGUGCCUUGUUUCAGAAGGCUCUUAAAGAAUGUAAGUUUAAUCUCCUGCCCAGUUCAGGAAUUCUGGCUACAGUAUAUCCCAGAGAAAGGAGGUUCCGACCUCAGUGUGAGCACUGUAAGGCUAAUAAACUUGCUACUUAGAGAAACAGUCUGUUUUACUGUCGGAUAUUUCAAGCCUUUGACUUUAUGCCCAAAUCUGCUUUCCUGUAAGGCUUGUUGUCUCCAGUCCCUUCCACUCGUGCAAUGGGAAAUAAGCCUGUUCUGACUGGCAUAUGGUAGCCCUUUAGGUUUUCUUUUGGCCAUUCUGGCUCCUCCCCUUGAGUUCUUUUGUUCCUUCUCCUCCACACGAGGUCACAGGGUUAACCAUUCCCAGUGCGUUCAUUUGGCCUGGUCUAACAUGACCUCUAGACUUCCUCACCAGCUGCUCUCACUACAUGCGUCGUAGUUGGUGCUCCGCUGAAACCACUAUUCCAAACACAGCCUGACCGGCACGUAACUGUGAGAGCUUAUCGUCUCCCUUGAUCUGCACAUGGUACGGAAGUACACAUCCAAUCCAGAACUCGUACAUCCUUCGGUGGUAGCCGUCUGUGGCAUAGCCGGGAAUGAGGAUAAAAGCAGAGAGACAUCUGUGUAGCAAACCCCACAAAGCCCGCUGGGUCCUUCUAGAACUCGCAUACAGUUUGCACUGGCUCAGUUUUCUUGUUUUCCUAGAGCUGACAGUAGAUUAGAAGCAGUGAAUUGGAAGUGGGACAAAACAAACUGAUAACCUAAGAAGUGACAGCUGACAGAAGACAGAAAGGAAAAAAAAGCGCAGAAACAAAAAAUGAGUAGCUGCUGGCAUAGUUGAGAGCAGUCUUGAACACAGCUGUAUACAUCUCAGUAGUGCCUCAGGUUUCCCUGUAUAAAAAGACUCAAGCCAGACACCCCUGUGCUUUCCUUGUGCAAUUGAUUGUUUGAACUCGAAUGUGGAAAUUGACGUUUGUUUUGGUUAAAUUUUUUCUUUUGGUUUCAGUUGGUCAGAUCAAUUUGUUGAAAUCUUUUUGAGUCUUGAUGUUGUCAUCCAAAAUAAUCCUGGCUUUUUCCUCUAUUCAGAUUUACUAAACACCUCUCUUGUCUGUCUUUAAGUUACUCUUAAAAAUGAGAAUGAAAGCCUAGUAGCAUGCCACAGAAUAUCAGUUCAUUAAUAUAUAUUUUUUUGGAUACUGUUUAGUUGUUUCCGUGUGAAGUUUUGUUACUCUGUUCCUGCCUGAGAUUAAAUUUAUCUUCUGAUUUGGAGACAUUUUAAUCCUUCUUUAAAAAUAUGACAGUGUUGAAAAGUACGUUUUGAAGGACUUAAUUAAGGAUUGUAGCUUACUGGACCAACCCUGGUGGUGUUAUUACAAAAACCAGAGAAGAAACAUCUCCUCCUGCAGUCUAAAACCCCUACAGAAAUUAUUUUUGUUGCUCUUAAGAAACGUGUUUGGUUCUAGCUUCCUAAACCCAAAUUGAGUGAUUGAGUUAGUGUAUAUUUAAAUUAACCUUUAAGACAGUAUCAUAACUCCCAUGGGCUUUUUAGAUAAUGAGUGUUUACUGAGCUUACCACUACCCCUAUUUUUGUCUCAAAUAAAAUGUUCAGUUUGAAUGAUUUCAUUUUUAGAGAUAGCUUUGCUUUGAAAACAUGCCUAAAAAGAAAAGAAAAACGUUUCUUUAGGCCUUCCUCACCAGGAGGAAGAAAUUUAGCCAAAUUUGAAGAGAUUGGAGAUAGCGCCAUGGUCUAGUCACUAGAACAAAUUAGAACAUGAGAACUUUGUUUUUUAUUAUUUGUUGGAACUGUUAGCAGCUCCAAAUUGACACAGAACAAUACUCCCCACUCACAGGUAUUGGUUCAGGCCAUUGAGAAUUCUGGUUCACUUUAAAAUGCAGUAGGGGCGCCUGGGUGGCUCAGUUGGUUAAGGGUCUGACUUCGGCUCGGGUCAUGAUCUCACAGCUCAUGAGGUCGAGACCUGCGUUGGGCUCUGUGCUAAUAGCUCAGAGCCUGGAGCUGCUUCGGAUUCUGUGUCUCCCUCUCUCUCUCUGUUCUUCCCCUGCUCUCACUCUGUUUCUCUUUCUCUCAAAAAUAAAUAAACAUUAAAAUUUUUUGUAAUGAAAUAGAAACUACUGUCAGCAGUUCCUUGCCUUUUAUAGUAAUUCUUGUAUAUGUGUAAUCCUUAAAAAGUAUUUCUGUUUACUGGAGAACUUUACAAUAAGCAGUUUUGAUCCUGAGUACCCACCAUCGCCUCUGUUUUGGUGGACAAGGGCCAAAUUGGGCAUGUCAGGCAGAAGGUAUGGGAAAAAAACACCCCAGAGGUCUACCAGAAUUUGGGCUGUAAUGGUUCUCUGCGUUUUCAGGGUUUAUUUUUAUACUUCGUGCAUCUCCUCUUUAUCAUUAAGAAUAGUAUUUUGGUUGCUCAGCUUUCUUAAUUGGCAGAGUAACAAUUAUAUUCCUGUCAUUUUCAGAAUUUUGUGAAAUUAAAUGAGAUAAAAUGGAUGUGAAAGUGCUUUGGAAAACACAAAUGUAUAUCAUACAAAAAGUUGGGCCAAGCAUCAAGGUGUUUUUUUUGAUAAGUGAACGGUACAUUUUAAAGCGCCCCAGAGUGUUUGUAACUAGCAGUUUUCUCGAAUAAUGGAAAUCCUGUAAAAUAUUACAGAGUUUCUUAAAGCUGUAUGAUCAUCCAGUGUUUGUCUUCCUCAACAUACUGAUUUCUAAUUUGAGUCCUGUUGUCACAUGGAACAAAUGCGCUGAGUGCUUUGGAUAUGCUUUUCAGUAUCAUAUAUGGUACUAUUUUAGCACAGGAAGUUCCCACAGUUACUUCUAGCUUACUGAAAUUCUGUGCUCUGAAAUUCCAGUAUCAGGUUGGACAGCUUUACUCUGUUGCCGAAGCUAGUAAGAAUGAAACUGGCGGUGGAGAAGGAAUCGAAGUCUUAAAAAAUGAACCUUACGAGAAAGAUGGAGAAAAGGGACAGUAUACACACAAAAUCUAUCACCUAAAAAGCAAAGUUCCUGCAUUCGUGAGGAUGAUUGCUCCAGAGGGCUCCUUGGUAUUUCACGAGAAAGCCUGGAACGCAUACCCCUACUGUAGAACAAGUAAGCAGAAUGAAUAUAUGAAAGAUGAUUUCUUCAUUAAAAUUGAAACAUGGCACAAACCAGACUUGGGAACAUUAGAAAAUGUACACGGUUUAGAUCCGAACACGUGGAAAACUGUUGAAAUUGUUCACAUAGAUAUUGCAGAUCGAAGUCAAGUUGAACCAGCAGACUACAAAGCUGAUGAAGACCCAGCGUUAUUCCAGUCAGUCAAGACCAAGAGAGGCCCUUUGGGACCCAACUGGAAGAAGGAGCUGGCAAACAACUCUGACUGCCCUCAGAUGUGUGCCUAUAAGCUGGUGACCAUCAAAUUCAAGUGGUGGGGACUGCAAAGCAAAGUAGAAAACUUCAUUCAGAAGCAAGAGAAAAGGAUAUUUACGAACUUUCAUCGCCAGCUUUUUUGUUGGAUUGACAAGUGGAUUGAUCUGACAAUGGAAGACAUUAGGAGAAUGGAGGAUGAAACUCAGAAAGAACUAGAAACAGUAAGACUUCCCACUCUGUGGAAACUCUCAUUUCCCCUUUCUAACUAUGUAUGUGCUUAUUAGUAAGUGUAGACUUAGAAUUAAGAAGAGUGUCGUUACAGGCCAUGUUUAAAUAUAUACCUCCAUCAGAAUUGGGUUUCUUAGACACUAACAUCCUUUUGCAUGUUCUGAUUUCUCUUUAUUUGAGCAUCUUCCAUGAAAGUAGACUAGAGCUUUAUGGACUUGGAGUCUGUACCUGUAAAAUGCCCAGGGGUUUCAUACUUUGUCAUGCAGCAGCUCUCUGUGCUGGGACCUGGUUCAUAGUCCUUUUAGACACUCACUUUAUCAGACCAAGUUGCCUUUGGCUCAUUUUGUUAUCACUGUCAGUUAGAUAAGGCUAGCCAUAUUGUCACACGUUCCAGAGAUUCCCUCCCACAGCUAGCACUUAAUCCUUAGCUCUUUAGCAAGCUUUAGGCAGAAAUUCGGGUGAUGCUUGGGCUGGAGGUCAGCCAGCCCUGCUUGGCAGUUAAAGCCUGCCCCAGCUCCUGCCCAGCCCCAGCGGGCAGGGCAGACCCUGCAGCGCGUGAGCGCCCCCUUUCUGCCCGGGAUGGGUUCUUCCCACUUCCUCUUAGAAGUGUCUGCUUCUGCUUUUGCUCUGGGCCACGCUGCUUUUCAGUUGAAAGUAAGGCCCUCUUGGGGGACGUGAGCCCAAGGAAUGUCGGGGAUGGGCUGGUGGUUUCUAUGCAGCCGUCCAGAGUCCCGCCAGCGGUCCUAGUUUUGGAAGCCCUGAAGGCGGGAGCGUUUGACAGACGCUUGUGUGUGAGGCAGGACCUCCACUUAAUCACAGGAGAGUGGCAGCAAAUCAGGUUCUUUGGCACAGAAGGAAAUCUAUUUGGCACACAGCAUCAUAAAGAAUCUGUGUUGAAAAUUGCUUACUUUUGGUGAUUACGGCAGAUCUGCUUCUAAUUAGCUUUAUACAAACCUUCUGAGAGGACUAGGACAUAUUUUCUUUAUAAGGCAAUAAAAUGUUUUAACCUUAUCUUAUACAGAAAGUAAACUUUCAGCAGUCUCCAGUUUAUGAAUGGAUUUUGUUCCAAAAGUUUUUAAGUUGAUUUUUUGGAAUUUGGAACCUGUUUUGCCAUGGAGACAACAUUGUAAAUUGGAGUUCGGUUUCUAGGCCAGACAAUAGAAACCUCUUUUGCCUCCGUUUCUCACACUGAGAGUAUGACUUUCAGUUCUGGGUCUUGGCAGUAGGGUGGUAGAAUGGCAAGUGUGGAGGACUCUCCCUCACCCCCUUAUUUUUAGGCUGGCCCCUAAAUAUUUAAACAGCCAAGAGUAAACCAUGGUUUACUUGCCCCCUUUUUUUCCCCAUGCCCUUCUCCCACUUCUGUCUUCCCGUUUUCAAGAGUCCAAUGCCCUUCUCUAAGAAGCACUCCUACCAGCACCCAGUUUUGGUCCCUCCUCCCCUGCCUCGGCUGGCUCUGCUCCCUCCACGUGCUCCAGAGACACCUGCCAGCCCUGUCUCCAGCCCCUCUGGGCAGCUAGACUCAGCUGAAUGUUAAAAAAGAAAGCAGCAUGAUUACAUUCAUUCUCACUAAGCUCAUGGCACAGCCUUGGUAUCUUCAAAAAGGAUUUACCAGCGCUCAGAUAAAACCUGUUUUUCUUAGUUUGAGCCCGUAAGACGGAGGUUGGCUUUUGGUUCUCAUUUUUAUGUUGCAAGGACUGUCCAGAACAUGAGGAGAAGAGGUCACGGUUGAAGGGUGAGGGAUGAAGCCCUCUGUGGUCUGAGCUCUGAACCCCAAGACAGAACUUGGCUGGGACCUCUUCCCUUCCCUGCCAAGUUCAGUGUCAGGACAACAGGAAUCAGAGCAGUCCCAGUGUACUCACAGUGAGUGCCCUGACCAGGAGGUAGAGGUGCCCGCUCCCACCUCUUGCCAUGGGCCUUGCAGGCUCAGCUUCUUGCUUCUCCAAGCGGGUCCAUAAGGUAGAUGCGUAGUUACACAGAAGCCCCAUUUAUCUGAAGAUACCAUCGUCGUGCCUGUACGGCUCAGACUGACGGAUUCCCACAUGACGUCGGUAGAAGUCUCUUGCUGGUUCAGGGCUUGCGGGGGACGUGGCAGUUUCUUUGUUAAAUAUUGCAAAAACGUUUUAAGGCAAUUUCAGCAUUAUAUGCUGAUCGUCGUCACGUAAAAUCCCAUUUAAGUUAUUUUGCUGUGGGUCAUCGGGGAAUGCUUUAUUCCGCGUCGCGUUGCUGUUGCUUUGAGCCCUAACGGUUGGUUUGUGAGCGUCUUCAGGCUCUGGGCGGCAUCGUGCCUGCAGGCCAAAGCGCCUACCCAGAAAGCACCUGCCUCACGGUGGGGCUUGAGGUUGCCGAGUCCUCAUCACCACAGAGGGAUUUCCCCUUUUCUUGACAUCCUGUUUCCCUGACACCUGACGAUGGAGUUUGAUACAUUAUAAUUCUCUUCUUAAUUCACAAAUAUUUUAAGACCUGGAUUUCUUUCAAAUGGGUUUUGGCCCCGGAGAAAAGGAACUGCAUCUUGAGAGCUUAGGCAUGACAGGAAUGCCCUGCCUGGAAUCCUGAAGAGAAGUGCGGGGUUAGGCUUAGCUGCUGAAGAAGUGCUGGGGGUGAACUUAGUGCUCGUAUGUCACAACUGGCACUUCUGGGGGUCGGGGAGAAGUGUUGAGUUGCAGAAGUGUGUUUAUUACAUCUGUUCCUUUUCUGUCCGCUCUUUUCUGAUUCUCUCAUUGAGUUUUUUAAAAAUCGUCCGUAGGCUACUGUAAUGAAUGCCUGUCCUUUCUGAUGCGUCCUUAUGUCCUUCUUUGUUUCUCAUACAUUGUGCCUGUGCUCACUUGUUCUUCCUCUUGUCCUCCCUCUUAUAAAUAAACUUCCCAUAAAGAACUCCUGUCAGGGACUCCGGUCUCAGAAGCAGCAGAGGUGGCCACCCCUCAUGGCUUCCUGUCUGGUCUAGGGACUAUGAACAUAUGACUCAGACCGUCGGGGCAUUUUCUCACAUUGUAUUGGUGAACAGUUCAUUUACCCUUGGCCGACUUUGAUAAUUCCACAUCAUCAGUCUGCAGGCUUCCGUUUCCUAGAUUCAAGAAUAGAUACACAUUUUUUGUGUGUGUGCUGUUACAAGAAAAGCCUUUUGCAGGAUUUUCCUUAGAUCGGUGUUACUGGAGGGGCCUCAGAACUUCAUUCUCAAUGUGGAUGUGGUUAUAAAUAGGCAGUGGUCAUUCACAAUCUUUCCUAGAUCUUUUUUUCUCCCCCUGCUUACUAACCCAAUUUAGAGUCUGUGAUUUUGGCAGCUCAUGAUUUUAUUUUAC